UGAGCCCGCCCGACGCCGCAGGCUCCCACAGAACGCUUUUAGAGGAGAUAUAAUGAAUAGAUAUAUGUAUGUAAAUGUUUUUUUUUAAGGAAAAACCAUGGAGAUGGAAAGGAGAAAAAAAAUAUAUAAAAAUGAUUAGCCUUACUGUUGAAGUUCUAAGUUGUCUCUCCCCCAGUACCGUCCUUCCAUCCUCCUCACCCCCUCCUCCCUGGGAGCUGCCUUGCUGCAUCUCAAUGAACCGACUGAACAAUAGAUCAACCAACCUCCCAAAACACUUGAGAACCACAACCUCUUUUUCUCUUCUUUCUUUGCUUGUCUUUUUGUGUUUUCCGGAAAUAAGAACCCACUCUGGAAAUGAACACUGACGGUAAAAGCAGAAGGCAUCGUGGUGGUGCCUCUGAGUAUUGAGGCGCCAAGCAUUCUGCUGUAACAAGCAAAUCACAAUCUUCUUCACUUUAGAUAACUACUUCACCUGCUUGACUUAACAAGAUGUUUAGGCUCAUCUGGAGAUGCUGCCCUCCUUCCAAUCCAUACAUUAGCAGUGCUAAUAUCGUGAGGAACCCAGAGAAUGCUUCCUAGCUACCACAGUGGAACCUUGUGUAGAGUUCCAUGGACCUUGAAGUUCAUUCCGCAGAUGAAGAAAUGACCACAGUCUCACUCGAGAACUUUGUUGGCCUGGGAAAAAUGUGAAGUUGGAACCAUAAUCGAAACGGACAUCUAAACUCACUUAUUCUUCUUCAUCAAGUUGUACAUUUUUCAUUUUGAAUGUUUUGAAAGUUAUUUAAGUAGAAAAACAAGGUUUUUCUUCAUUGCUCGACUAAUCAUUUGAAUAAACGAUAAAUUAUUACCAGAAGCAGUUUUAAUUUGUUCCAAGCACAAGAGCGUGUGCAAUUUUGCUAUGAAGCAGAUGGCAUAGUAGUGCAGGUUAAACAGUAGACUGGAUAUUGCAUCUUUUUUAAAUGUUUUAUAUUAGCACUCUUUCAGACUGUGUAGGCCUGUGCUUUCCACACCUGAAUAGUCUCCCUGGCAUACAGAUCCCUUACUCUAUUAGUAGUUUGUAUACAGUUUCACUUUCAUUUUGCAGGAGGCCUUAUUCUCAACCCAAUAUGGCCUCACCAUAUUUAUGAGGCUGGUCAAAGAUGUGUUGACAUGGAUUUCUAUGGCUACAUGCUCCAGCUUGGUACCCAAACAGGUCGGUACUGUGAUCCAUAAAACUGCAAUGCAACUGAACAAGUCUACUAGAAUGGGUAAUUUGCUGUUUUUUCCUGUAAAUCCACAUGUGAAUUGUAGUGUGGUUUGUUUUCUGAAGAAUCCGUAGCAAACUACAUAGAGUAUAGGCCUACAGUGAAAAUCACUUUUAUUGAUUUAAUAUUGCCUUAAAACAGAAACCAAGUCAAUUUCUCAGUUUAAAAAAAACAUCAAAUCAGUCAUGAACAUACAUUUGGUAUCGCUGGCAUGCAUGAACUUUGAACAUUGAUGCGUUAUGAGUGACCACGUGUACUACAAGUGCAAAUGUAAAUGUUGUCACUGAUAGGCGUAUUGCUGUCAUGUGACUACUCCCACAACCCGGAAAGGGAAUUCUAUGACAGCGGAUCAGUUGACGUCGAAUAGGAUUUAUAUUGAAACAACAUUUGGGAAAGUGUGAAAUGAUUUUCUACCGACGUUUGGUCGAGUCAUUUAACUUUGGAGUCACAUGCCGACCAAUUGCAACUAUUUUCUAGCAUCCGGUGCUGUCGUCAUGCAUCAUAACAGUUGCAUCUCGGUUUUUCUCGUGGGCUUACUGUGUUCCUAUGGAUUUCAGCGUGUGUCUUCCUGUAGUAAGGAACCUGAACCAGAAACACCUGACUGGCGAAUGACAUUAAAAACCAUUCGCAAUGGGAUCCAUAACAUUGACAAAUACCUCAACGUUGCUCUGGACUUAUUUGGAGGUCAUGAUGGAUUGUGUCACUAUGAAUGCAGCGAUGGUUACAAACCAGAACCCCGGCCUGGUUACAAACCACCCCCACCCAAUGGAUGUGGGACGCCCCUCUUCGGAGUCCAGUUUGACAUCGGCAUCCCGUCCUUGACCAAGUGCUGUAACCAGCACGACCGUUGCUAUGACACCUGUAACCGUGAUAAACACGACUGUGACGAUGAGUUCCAGGAAUGCCUGGAGACCAUCUGUAGGAGAUUACAGAAGAUGUUGGGACUGGCCCAGAGUGUCCAAGCGUGUGAGAAUACUGUGACCCUGCUGUUUGAGGCUGUCAUGCACAUGGGGUGUAAACCCUACAUGGACAGCCAGAGAGACUCCUGCAUAUGCAAAUUUGAAGUCAAGAGGGAUCUAUGAGCUGAUAAUUUUGUAGAAUUGUUCUCCUAUGCAAAGGUUGUUUAGUGGUUGUUGUGUAUGUAAUUUGUUUGUUCUGCU